GCUGGGACUCCGGACCAGCCUCAGGAAUAUCCGCAUGGUGUUUCACACUCCAGCCGUGGCCUGAGGGGAGCUUGGAAGGCCUCUGGUCCUCGCUGGUUUCCAGGCCCGGCCGCGCAGGGCGCUGCGGGGCCUCUGUUCUGGGUUUCUCCCGAUCUGGCCGCGCGGGGGCGCUGCGCCACCGGUGCGGCUCACGGGAACGUUCGCGCGGCGGAACCUUUGGGCCGCAGCUUCGCACGAGUCUAUUUCACCGAGGAACCCGGAAGUGCCUUGAACGAGGCGGCAGGAUGUCUUCCUGAGCCUUGCCCUCAAAGGACAGACCCAGACACCAUGUUUCUGGCUCGUGUGACCUCUCAGCUAACUCGGGCGGUGCCCUGGGCAGGCCGAUGUUUGUCACGGCCGGGUCCUGCGGCGUCCCCUCGAGUCUUUGUAGCCCAGCGGGGCUGUUACAGCACCUGGCCCUGGGGCAGGAAUGGGCCAGCCCCCCAGGCCCAGGUCCGGACAGAUCCCGAGAUGGAGGAGAUGCUGGUUCCCAGGAGGAUGUCCAUCAGCCCCCUGGAGAGCUGGCUCACCGUUCGGUACCUGCUCCCUAAGCCCGAGGCUGCUGUCCCUGCCCCCAGACCUGGGGUAGUGAGCCUGGCCUUGCUCUAUGACUGUCCCCCAAGUGAGGCCCGGAACGGGGAGGAGCUGGGGGAAGGAGGCGCCCGGGGGGCCCCCACAAUGCACUGCAAGAACGUGCUGAAGAUCCGCCGCCGAAAGAUGAACCACCACAAAUAUCGCAAGCUGGUGAAGAGGACCCGGUUCUUGAGGCGCAAGGUCCGAGAAGGGAGAAGGAAACGGAAGCAGAUGAGGUUUGAGAAGGACCUGAAGCGGAUGUGGAAGAGAGCAGGCUUGAAGCAGGCCCCUGAGGGCUGGCAGCCCCCCAAGAUCUAUGUGAAGAGCACUUGAGCCCCUCCCAAGUGCCUCCUGCUGCAGCAUUUUAAUAAAAACAGUGCCCCCACA